GUCGAAAAACGCAUUUUCCAAUCUACAAUGGUCUCUGCACGUCUUGCUCUCGUUAUGCCGUCCGCUGCAGGUGCUGUGCUGUCGCCAAUGGACACGUAUUCGUGCCAGCCGCUGGUCCCCGACGUUGACUACGACCACAAGGGGUUCACUCAAGUGAUCCGUCGGCCGACGCCCGAGGAAUGUUGUCAGCUCUGCCGAUCCCAAGAGCGAUUCUGUGAUGUGUUUGUGUGGACGCCCGACAACGGCGGCGAAUGUUCGCUCAAUACUGUGGUUUUCCCACUCGUCCAAGUGCACCGCCCUGGAGUCCAGUCGUCGCUGCUUUCUCCAUGCCGAUGCACAAACGGCACGGGGUGUGAAGUCCCGACGGGGGGGGCGGGCACGUUUUGCAACAUGCAUACGUCAGCACGCCAAGCAGUACCAUCGACCGCCGACCCUACGAGGGCCAGCGAGACUACCAUGCGACACCGGGUUGCUCCGACGCAAGAUAUGAGGAUUGUGUGGGAGUGGACCUCGACCACUUUUGGAAAACACUUGUGGCAAGAGGAGGUUUUGAGCAUCGACAUUCUCGGCGCCGUGGCCGACGCCGUUCCCUCGGACUCGCUCACGCAUGACUCGAUCUCGGCGCAAUACGUGCAGGGCUACCAGUCGCAAAUCAGUACCAUUGUCUAA